AUGGAAUACGCUUCCAGCGUACAGAAUGAAUUGGACGAUUUGAAGCCCUCGCUCUUUGAGCUUCUCGCUGAGGAACAGCUCUCUUCGCUCCUUCCCCCAUCAAUCCGUUACCUUUUAGCAGUCGCAACCCACCGACAUCCUCGGUAUCUUCUACGGAUUCUCAACAACUUUGAUGAGCUCUACGCGCUGUUAUCACUGAUAGUAGAGCGUUACUACCUCCGUACCUUCGGCGGCUCAUUCACCGAAAAUUUCUACUCCCUCAAGCGCGAACGUGUUCUCUUCACAGAGAAUGGCGAGGUACCUCGAGCGCAGAUCGGUGCUGCGACAGCAGUUCGAGAAACCCUCAGACUGCGGACGUCUGAUGUCUGGAAGAAUCUAGCUAUUAUGGUUGGGCUGCCAUAUCUUAAACGAAAACUCGAUGAAAGCUACGACAUCCAUGUUGUGCCGCAAUCGUCUUCUCUGCUCGGUGGGCCGAGAUACAAUCGUCACAACGAUUUACCACCCAAUGCGACACUCAAACAGCGCAUGAUGUUUUAUUAUAAAUGGUUUCUACGAAACAUAUAUCCGUCCGUGAACGCGGCGUACUACUUCUCCAUACUGGCAUUCAACCUUGCCUAUCUCUUCGACAACACGAAAUAUUCUUCACCAUUUCUAUGGCUGAUAGGAACCCGCAUUCGUCGCCUAGGACCAGCCGACCACCGUGCCAUCGCAAUGACUAUGCAACCUAAAGCCGGUGGUAAUAACGCUCGCCAACGUCCCGGGUCAGGUCUGUUAGGCCUCCUGAGCCCCCAAAACAUAUACCCCCAGCUUCUACAAUCAUUGCGAUUUUUCCUUCCAGCAUCAAUAUUCGCUCUCAAAUUCCUCGAGUGGUGGCACGCAAGCGACUUUUCGCGACAGCUAGCCCGCAAAGUCACCGAGACCCUUGAUCUACCAGCUCCAGUCGUAACUGGUAUGGUGGAUCCUUCACUAAAGAAGAACGCCACGGCAAAUACAACAUCUCCAUCCCCGAAUUUAAAACCAGCCAUCAAAACUUCUCCAUCCCGCCGUCAGCCACCAAUAUCAUCGACAUCAUAUCUCCCCAUCUUCACAGUCCCUAUUCCGGCUCCAGAUUCAAAUAAUGCAGGCGCAUGCCCUGUGUGUCUCAACCCGCUCACAAAUCCUACCGCAUGCCAAACCGGAUAUGUGUUCUGCUAUGGUUGCGUUUUUCGAUGGUUGAAUGGCGACCAUGAACGACAAAUAAAUUUUAUGAAUGGAGUAGACGGAGGCGCGGCUUGGGAUACUCAUGAUGAUGAAGUGGACGACGAAGAUAAGCGUCAAAAUAAUGGAAAAGAUAAACCGGAGAAUAAUACUUCUGCAGACUCGAACAAGAGUCGAGAAGGGAAGUGGGAGAGUGGCAAGGGCAGAUGUCCUGUAACGGGACGGAGGGUUCUGGGUGGUACGGAUUGUCUGAGGAGAGUCUUAGUUUAG